AAAUCUCGUUCUUCCCAAUGUUAUGCAUAAAAUAACAAUUGCUUCGGAACUUUUUUUUUAAAAUACUGCUGGGCUGUUUCACGAGCCAAACAAAAGGUGCAAUCAGAGCGCUUGGUUCAUAAAAUUCCGGUAAAUUGAUCGAUCGUGCGAUCCACAAACCCCGGUACCCUAGAACCAAUACAAAGAAACGAGCCAUGAGAGACAAAUACAGCAUCAGGACAAAAGUGUUCCGCGACGAAGCCAUGGAAUCUACGCUUCUCRAAGAGAAAGCCAAGGCGGCACAGGCAAGAUACCAAUCAAGCGGGAGCAACCUUCCGGACAGGAAAGAGAACGGCCCCACGAGAAGCAAAGACCAUCGCAGAGGGACACAACCGAAGAAACAAUCCAAGUACGUGAGCACCAUGAUCGAAUUCCUUKCCUCSGUGGAAUCGUCUAGGGGCGUCGAACCGCAAAAACAAGGAAGACAACCGCCCGCGGCCCAGCGAUUGCCACCGCGGGCCAGAGCAGCGAUUCUUCCCGGUCGGAGCAAAAGAGCCUUCGAGGGGCGSGAUUCCGAGGGAAAAGCAGCGAGGGGAGGGCUGGGCGAGGCGAGGRACGGCGACGAACUCGAUCAGAUCGAGGCAGAGGCACGCCGAACUUUUCGGGAAAAGAGCACAGGUUCGACCAUUGAAUCCUCGACCAAAACCAAUAACAACAUCAACAAACAGCUGGUCGAGAACAAACUUGUUGACCAGUUGCUGCGCUCUCCGGACACCAAGAUCGACAACACAGUGCUUCUUCUUGCCGACACUCUWGUUAGCAACAAUCGAUAUGUUUUCGAGCUCUUGAGAGAAAACGGCUUUUUGAGCCCCGAGUUGCAAACAAUGGCGCUCUCCYUCAUCAACGAGGUCGACUCCCAGAGCAAGCAACUCCACGACGUUCUGAUGGGUGCGAGACGUCGCUCGUCAUCGAUGCGGGCCACCAGAGUGUUGGUCAUUUCGUGCAUGACCCAAAUUCUCUCGGUGAGCAACCGUUUUACCGGURUCCUUGACCGUGGCUGCAAGUCGGUGGCCGCUCCUGGUGCCGCCGGUGCUGCUACGAACGACAGGGCUCCCAAGCAAUCAGAGAGCAGGGAACCGAUUGGUGCGGGUGCCCUCGACAAAUACGUCCACCACACAAUGAACAGCGACAAGCGCAUACUGGCAUCUCUCAUCAGCGACAUUGUAUCGAAGAGAAAACAGGUCUCGAGCGCCCUUGCGGAAACCUUUCAAAAAGUGAUGCAGAACGAAAAUGUUCUGUAUUCGGAUUUGGUCGCGAAGCACAUUACGGAAGAUCUGAAGAAUACCAUUCAGUUUCUGACGGAUCCCGAGAGACUCUCUACAUUUUUGUCCACAGCAAAUACAUUGGGAACCGCCGACGCCCCAAUACAGCCCACACGUAGGGCCGAAAACAAUUUGGUGAAUCAUAGCAUGACGGAUGCAUCGUCAUUUCUCGAUUUUAUCGACACAUCAGGGCUUUCUGUAAUCUUUACAGAAGACGAAGAMGUUGCGGCAGCCGCCGGUAAAGCGAGCAACUCGAUGAGGGGGACGAGAAGCAGCCUUGAUACCAUCUUGGAGCGAAUGAAUUUGAAGCUAAGCAAACGGAGCAGCCACAAGAGAAGCAACAGUCAAUCCAGUUUCGAUCAGAAGAACAAGAGUCGAGAUCCGACGAAGAACGGUCAGCGUGGGCCGUCUCAGGAUAGGCAAGUYAUCCAGCAUCARCCGAAAACCAAUCGAGCGGAGAGACAGAAGCCCGUUCCAAGGGAUUCCGGCACUGACACCAAGCUCACGAGCACAAUGGCAGAAUUUUGAUCACUGCCAUGCAACAGUUUUUUAUGUAACCGCACAGACGGUUAGGAAUAUUAGAAAUAUAAUGCUUGUAGUACA